UCUGUCUUCUCAUGGGAUUUACGUUGAGAUGAUAACACAACAAACCGAAAACAUUUCAUUCGCAUGCAUAUUUAAAAAAGGAAAAAGGAAAGAACUGAGAUUCUGCUACUAGCUACUCGCUAGCCGCGCCGUCCCCGGAACACAAGGCUGGGUCGGGGACAGGUUUAACUUUAGGUCGAGGAUUUUUAGGCCUUGCUCUCUAAAUAAAAGAGAACAGGAUGUCUGACUCAGACAGUGAGGAGGACCAGGACCGUCCCUUCCCUCUUGCUGGUUUUCUCUUUGGAAACAUCAAUGAGGAUGGACAGCUGGAGGACGACAGCGUCCUGGACACUGAGUCGAAGAAGCACCUGGCGGGGCUGGGCUCUCUGGGCCUGGGUACACUCAUCACAGAAAUCACAGCCAGUGAGGAGGAUACAGCUGAGCUGGAGAGAGACCAGGGCAGCACAGAUGCUGAGGGCUGGGUGAAGAGCACCGACGAUGCUGUGGAUUAUUCAGACAUUAAUGAGGUGGCAGAGGAUGAGACACGCAAAUACAGACAAGCCAUGGGAAAUCUGCAGACACCCAGAGGAACAGAUGAUGAGGAUGAUUACGAUGCAGACUGUGAAGAUAUAGAUUCCAAGCUGAUGCCGCCCCCUCCUCCCCCCAGUCAGGCCGUCCUGCCCAAGAAAGAGGAGCCCCCCAACCAAACCUCCAACGGAGGAGAUGAGGGCGAUGGGAUUAUCCUACCCUCCAUCAUUGCUCCGUCCUCAGUGGGGGAGAAGGUGGAUUUCAGCAGCUCGUCUGACUCUGAGUCGGAGUCUGAUCGUCCGUCUCAGGCAGGGGGGGGGACAGGCUCCAUGGGCAGUCUCACCCUGCCGCUGGCUGGCAUCAUGCAGAAAGACGCUGCCAAAGCCCUGCCCGGGGUCACAGAACUGUUCCCCGAGUUCAGACCAGGAAAGGUGUUGCGUUUCUUGCGCCUGUUUGGCCCGGGGAAGAACAUGCCCUCUGUGUGGCGUAGCGCAAGGAGGAAGAGGAAGAGGAAGCAGAGAGAGCCAUCGACUGACAUGGCCACUGCCGACGGCGAAUCACGGAUGCAGGAGGGCGGGACGGACAAGAAGUCUGGAUGGGAGUGUGAUUAUGCCCCGCCCCCUCCACCUGAACAGUGCCUGUCUGACGAUGAGAUUACCAUGAUGGCUCCGGUGGAGGCUAAGUUCUCCCAGUCGGUGGGAGAGGGGGAUAAGGUGAUGGAGGCCAGGCCUAGAGUGGCAGAGUGGCGCUACGGUCCGGCCCAGCUCUGGUAUGACAUGCUGGCAGUGCCUGAAGACGGCAGCAGCUUUCAUUACGGCCUCAAACUCAAAGAGGAACAGCAAGAUGACACAGAGACCAAAAAUACACCCCCAAAGGAAGAUAGCACUGAGGAGCAGGAGAAGUCUGAAAUGGAAGAUGAAGUCUUUCUGAUGGUGACCCAGCUCCAGUGGGAAGACGACAUCAUAUGGAAUGGGGAGGACGUGAAACAUAAGGGCACUAAGACCCAGAGGGCCAGUCUGGCAGGGUGGCUGCCCUCCAGCAUGACCCGUAAUGCCAAUGCGUACAAUGCCCAACAGGGUGAGAAGACAGAUGAUGUGCCCUGGUUCUCUAUCUUCCCUAUUGAUAAUGAGGAGCUGGUGUAUGGGCGCUGGGAGGACAAUAUAAUCUGGGAUGACCAGAAUAUGGAUCAUCUCCUCUCCCCUCCUGUCCUCACGCUCGACCCCAAUGACGAAAACAUCAUCUUAGAGAUCCCAGAUGAGAAGGAGGAGCAGGCGUCUCACUCUCCAUCAAAGGAAAACAAGAAAGAGAGCGCUCUGAAGAAGAGUCGAAUCCUACUGGGCAAGACUGGAGUUAUCAAAGAAGAACCACAGCAGAACAUGUCUCAGCCGGAGGUGAAGGACCCGUGGAAUCUGUCCAACGAUGAGUUUUAUUACCCCAAACAGCAGGGCCUGAGGGGCACGUUCGGAGGCAACAUCAUCCAGCACUCCAUCCCUGCAGUGGAGCUGAGACAGCCGUUCUUCCCCACUCACAUGGGGCCCAUGAAGCUGCGUCAGUUCCAUCGGCCUCCUCUGAAGAAGUACUCCUUCGGCGCCCUGUCACAGCCUGGACCUCACCCUGUACAACCCUUACUCAAACACAUCAAGAAGAAGGCCAAGAUGCGGGAGCAGGAGCGCCAGGCCUCAGGCGGAGGAGACAUGUUUUUCAUGAGGACGGCACAGGACCUGACGGGAAAAGACGGCGACCUCAUCCUCGCCGAGUACAGCGAAGAGUACCCCCCGCUCAUCAUGCAAGUCGGCAUGGCAACCAAAAUCAAAAACUACUACAAGAGGAAACCUGGGAAAGAUCCUGGAGCCCCAGACUGCAAGUAUGGAGAAACAGUGUACUGUCACACAUCCCCUUUCUUAGGUUCACUGCACCCAGGACAGUUACUGCAGGCAUUUGAGAACAACCUGUUCCGUGCGCCCAUCUACCUGCACAAGAUGCCAGAGACAGAUUUCCUGAUCAUCCGGACGCGACAGGGUUACUUCAUCCGAGAGCUGGUGGACAUCUUUGUUGUGGGACAGGAGUGUCCGCUCUUCGAAGUGCCCGGCCCAAACUCGAAACGCGCCAACACGCACAUCCGAGACUUCUUACAGGUGUUUAUCUAUAGAUUGUUCUGGAAGAGUAAAGACCGACCCCGUCGUAUUCGUAUGGAGGACAUAAAGAAAGCAUUCCCCUCCCACUCUGAAAGCAGCAUUCGCAAACGCCUCAAACUGUGUGCAGACUUCAAACGAACAGGUAUGGACUCUAACUGGUGGGUGUUGAAACCUGACUUCAGAUUGCCCACAGAGGAGGAGAUCAGAGCCAUGGUGUCUCCUGAACAGUGCUGUGCUUACUACAGCAUGCUGGUGGCCGAGCAAAGACUCAAGGAUGCUGGGUAUGGAGAGAAAUCCUUCUUUGCUCCAGAGGAGGAGAAUGAGGAAGAUUUUCAGAUGAAGAUUGAUGAUGAGGUGCGGACAGCUCCCUGGAACACCACCCGCGCUUUCAUAGCGGCCAUGAAGGGCAAAUGUUUACUGGAGGUCACGGGCGUGGCUGACCCCACGGGCUGUGGAGAGGGUUUCUCCUAUGUCAAAGUCCCCAACAAACCCACUCAGCAGAAGGAUGACCGUGAGCCUCAACCAGCAAAGAAAACAGUGACUGGUACAGACGCUGACCUCAGACGCCUGUCACUGAAAAAUGCCAAACAGCUGCUCCGUAAGUUUGGGGUCCCUGAAGAAGAGAUUAAGAAGCUGUCUCGGUGGGAGGUGAUUGACGUGGUGAGGACCAUGUCCACGGAGCAGGCGCGCUCAGGGGAGGGGCCUAUGAGUAAAUUCGCUCGUGGUUCUCGUUUCUCCGUGGCGGAGCAUCAGGAACGCUAUAAAGAGGAGUGCCAGCGGAUCUUCGACCUCCAGAACAAGGUGCUGGAGUCGACGGAGGUGUUGUCCACAGACACAGACAGCAGUUCGGCAGAGGACAGUGACUUUGAGGAGAUGGGGAAGAACAUAGAGAACAUGCUGCAGAAUAAGAAGACCAGUUCCCAGCUGAGCCGAGAGAGAGAGGAGCAGGAGAGGAAGGAGCUGCAGCGCAUGCUCAUGGCCACAGCGAGUGCGUUAUCCACCAGUUCUCAUAAAGAUGACGACACUUCCUCGGUUACCAGCCUGAACUCCUCGGCAACGGGGCGGCGGCUGAAGAUCUACAGAACGUUCCGUGACGAGGAUGGGAAAGAGUAUGUGCGCUGUGAGACGGUCCGUAAACCUGCCGUUAUCGAUGCCUACACACGCAUCCGCACCACGAAAGACGACGAAUUCAUUCGUAAGUUUGCUCUGUUUGAUGAGCAGCACAGAGAAGAAAUGAGAAAAGAGAGAAGGAGAAUUCAGGAGCAGCUACGAAGACUCAAACGCAACCAAGAGAAAGACAAAUUCAAAGGGCCGCCUGAGAAGAAGGCUAAGAAGGUCAAAGAGCGUCCAGACCUCAAGCUUAAGUGUGGGGCGUGCGGUGCGAUUGGCCACAUGAGGACCAAUAAGUUUUGCCCGCUGUACUAUCAGACAAAUGCCCCGCCCUCCAAUCCUGUUGCCAUGACAGAGGAGCAGGAGGAGGAGCUGGAAAAAACAGUGAUCCAUAAUGAUAACGAGGAACUCAUUAAAGUAGAGGGAACCAAGAUUGUGCUUGGGAAACAACUUAUUGAAAGUGCGGAUGAGGUCAGGAGGAAGUCCCUGGUGCUGAAAUUCCCCAAACAACAGCUGCCGCCAAAGAAGAAGAGACGAGUGGGAACCACUGUCCACUGCGACUACCUUAACAGACCACACAAGUCUAUCCAUCGGAGACGCACAGAUCCCAUGGUCACCCUGUCAUCAGUGUUGGAGAGCAUUAUUAAUGACAUGAGAGACCUUCCCAAUACGUAUCCGUUCCACACUCCUGUCAAUGCAAAAGUGGUGAAGGAUUAUUAUAAGAUCAUCAGCAGACCCAUGGACCUGCAGACUCUGAGAGAGAACGUCCGCAAACGCAUGUACCCCUCACGCGAAGAGUUCAGAGAGAGUGUAGAACUCGUCGUCAAAAACAGCGCCACCUACAACGGUGCAAAGCAUCCUCUGACGCAGGUGGCACAGUCUAUGUUAGAUCUGUGUGAUGCUAAACUGAAAGAGAAGGAGGACAGGUUAGUGCGGUUGGAGAAGGCCAUCAACCCCUUAUUGGACGAUGACGAUCAGGUGGCCUUCUCCUUCAUCCUGGACAACAUUGUCACUCAGAAAAUGAUGGUCGUGCCUGAGUCUUGGCCUUUCCACCACCCUGUUAAUAAGAAAUUCAUUCCUGAUUAUUACAAAGUGAUUGCUAACCCCAUGGAUCUAGAGAACAUCCGCAAGAACAUCUCUAAACACAAGUAUCAGAACAGAGAGGCAUUUCUGUCUGAUGUCAGCCUCGUCCAUGCCAACAGUGUUAAAUACAACGGUCCUGACAGCCAGUACACUAAAACAGCUCUGGAGAUUGUCAACGUGUGCAAACAGACUCUGGCUGAGUAUGAUGAGCAUUUGACUCAACUGGAGAAGGACAUUUCCACUGCUAAAGAGGCUGCACUAGACGCUGCUGAUUUAGAAAGCCUGGACCCCAUGACUCCAGGACCAUACACACCACAGCCCCCUGAUCUGUUUGACAGUAGCACGUCUGUGAGCCUUCAGGGGGAGACUAGCCUGCUAACAGAGGCUACUCCGACUCGCCCUGCUCCUGAGAAAAGAGGGGGACAGGGUCGCCGUGGAAGACUGGGUGAGGAAGAAUCAGAUGUGGACAUAGAAGGAUUUGAAGAAGAUGAUGAUGGCAAACCAAAGACACCAGCUCCGGCUGAGGAGGGAGAUCUAGAUGACGAUGAUGAAGAUGACAUGCUUCUGCCACCACGGAGGAGAAUGCAGGAACACGAGGAUGAGGAGGAAGAUGAUGAUGAGUUAAGUCGACCUACUCAGCCCAGUGUGCUGUACCAAGACCUGCUCAUGUCUGAGGGAGAGGAUGACGCCAGUGAGGAGGAAGGAGACAAUCCCUUCUCCUCAAUCCACCUAUCAGAGAGUGGUAGUGAUUCAGACGCGGAGCCAGCACCUCCCCCCAGGGUGCUCCCAGAGAGUGCUCGCAUGGCUAUGGAGCAGGAGGAGAGUAUGAUGUCAUACGAGGGGGAGGGGCCAGAUGAGGAGACACAUAUGGAGGACAGUAACAUCAGCUAUGGUAGUUUUGAUGGGGGUGACCGACAGAGUCAGAGACAGACAUCCAGCCCCACCCAGGGAGAGAGGGAUGGGGAGGAAGGGUAUGGAAUGAGUGAGGAAGAGGAGGAAGAAGAGGAAGAGGAGAACGAGGAACGUAGAAGAGGACCAAGCGUUCUCACUCGGGUCCAACUAAGCGAGGAUGAGGAAGAUAGCGAAGAGUUCAGGUCUAUUGGAGGAGAGAGUGACAUUGACUCCGACAACUGAUGCGCACGCAUGCACACACACACACACACAUGCACGCACACACACUUGCACUGUGGAUGCCUGAACUGAUGUUUUGUGCAGUCUCUGUUCUGAAUAUAGCUGCAGUAUGUAAAUAUACUUAAACAGUGAUCCUUUCCAGUGGAUUUGGUUUGGGUAUUGGCUAGAGAGUAGUAUGUGUCCAUAUUUUGAACCUGGACAAACUAUAGUGUGACCUCAGUCAGACUCCCAGAUGUGUGGACGCAUUGUACAGAAAAUGUUUCUUUUCUAAUUUCAUCGGGUGGACUUUGAGAUGAAUAGACUUUUUAAAAUGUUUUACUGUUCAUAAGGUGAUUGGAUAUACAUUUGUGUCUUAAUAUGACCUAAAGUG